AUGGGACAUCGUGAUGUCGAGUGUCGGAGUUCCGAGGAUAAAUGUUUCAAGUGUGGGAAGUCGGGUCAUAAGGUCGUUGACUGCAAGGGUAAUAUUGUAACUUGCUAUAAAUGUGGAGAGAAAGACUACAUCAGUACUACUUGUCAGAAACCUAAGAAGGAUCAGACUAGAGGAAAUUUGUUUGCCUUGUCGGGAGCAGAGACUACCAGUGAUGAAAGAUUAAUUCGAGUGUUUCCUGAAGACAUCAGUAAUUUACCGCCAGAGCGUGAGGUUGAGUUUGCUAUAGAUUUGGUACCAGAUAUGAUUCUAGUGUCAAUGGCUCCUUAUAGAAUGUCAGCUUCAGAGUUGAGUGAUAUGAAGAAGUAA